GUUGGGGGGAGGAGGGUGAUGGAAUUUGGGGCCCUCGCUGAAGCCCUUCAUUAUCCAAGCCAGGCGCGGGGUGGCACGUAGUUCCCACAGCGGCCCCUGGAUGGAGGAGAGGGCCUGGGCCGUCCACACCUGCAGAAAUCUGGAGCUGGUCCGCCUAGACCAGGGGAAAUCGGGGUCCCGUCCGGGUACACUGGCAGAACUCAGGGAUCAGAUCCUCUGCCCUGGAGCAUUCAGAUUUGUGCCUCUACGUUAUGGAAACCAGGGGCCCGUCCGGGUGCAGCGUGGCAUCCACAAAAUGGCAGGUCCCCGAGCUCCGGGCUCCGAGAGAACAAAAGCAGAAGCCACUGCCGCCCGCGCUCGGGGAGGAGCCGCCCAGGUGGGCGCGUCCGGGGCUAGGCGGGAGCUGCGCAGCCGGGUCCAGGGGAGACGCCCCGCCCAGGCCGGACCCUCGGAGCCUCCUUGGGGAGACCCCGGCCCCGCCCCUCUCUCGCCCGGAUCGGGCGGGGCCCCAGGAACGCGCGCGGCGAAGGCGGCCUCGGCCCAGUGCACAGCGGGACCAGGCAGAGUUCGGGGAAAGCGUCGGAGUUCGGGAGACCCGGGGCCAGCAUGGGUUUCAGCACAGCAGACGGCGGGGGCGGCCCGGGCGCCCGGGAUCUGGAAUCUCUUGAUGCCUGUAUCCAGAGGACGCUCUCUGCCUUGUACCCACCGUUUGAAGCCACGGCAGCCACGGUGCUCUGGCAGCUGUUCAGCGUGGCCGAGAGGUGCCACGGUGGGGACGGGCUGCACUGCCUCACCAGCUUCCUCCUCCCAGCCAAGAAGGCCCUGCAGCACCUGCAGCAGGAAGCCUGUGCCAGGUACAGGGGUCUGGUCUUCCUGCACCCAGGCUGGCCGCUGUGCACCCAUGAGAAGGUGGUGGUGCAGCUGGCGUCCCUGCACGGAGUCAGGCUCCAGCCCGGGGACUUCUACCUGCAGGUCACGUCGGCAGGGAAGCAGUCAGCUAGACUGGUCUUGAAAUGCCUGUCCCGGCUGGGAAGAGGCACAGAGGAAGUCACCAUCCCUGAGGCCAUGUAUGGCUGUGUCUUCACGGGGGCAUUCCUGGAGUGGGUGAACCGGGAGCGGCGCCAUGUCCCCCUGCAAACCUGCUUGCUGACCUCAGGCUUGGCCGUCCACCGAGCCCCAUGGAGCGACGUCACUGACCCUGUCUUUGUCCCCAGCCCUGGAGCCAUCCUGCAGAGCUACUCCAGCUGCACAGGUCCUGAGCGGCUGCCCAGCAGCCCCUCAGAGGCCCCAGUCCCCACCCAAGCCACAGCAGGCCCCCAUUUCCAGGGAAGCACCUCUUGCCCCGACACCCUGACCUCACCCUGCCGCCGAGGGCGUACGGGCAGCGACCAGCUCAGGCACCUUCCUUAUCCAGAAAGAGCCGAGCUGGGAAGCCCCAGGACCCUGUCUGGAAGCUCAGACAGGGACUUCGAAAAGGUCAGCCCCUCAGAGCAGGGCCCACGGAUGCCCCCUGAGAACUGUGGGGGGUCGGGGGAGAGACCAGACCCCAUGGACCAGGAGGACAGACCCAAGGCCCUCACCUUCCACACAGACCUGGGCAUCCCGAGCAGCAGGAGGCGGCCGCCGGGGGACCCCACUUGUGUGCAGCCUAGACGCUGGUUCAGGGAGUCGUACAUGGAGGCCUUGCGGAACCCCAUGCCCCUGGGCAGCUCUGAGGAGGCCCUCGGGGACCUGGCCUGCAGCUCCCUGGCUGGAGCCAGCAGGGACCUGGGGACUGGGGCAGCAGCCAGUGGGACCCAGGAGGAAACCUCCGGCCCCCGGGGAGACCCCCAACAGACCCCAAGUCUAGAGAAGGAGAGGCACACACCCAGCCGGACAGGUCCAGGAGCUGCAGGGCGGACCCCUCCCAGGAGGUCUCGGUCCUGGGAAAGGGCACCCAGAAGCUCCGGAGGGGCCCAGGCUGCAGCCUGCCAUACCUCCCACCACUCAGCAGGUUCCAGGCCUGGGGGCCACCUAGGAGGACAAGCUGUGGGGACCCCAAACUGUGUCCCAGUAGAGGGUCCCGGCUGCACCAAAGAGGAAGACGUUCUUGCAUCCUCAGCCUGUGUCAGCACAGACGGCGGCAGCCUCCAUUGCCACAACCCCAGCGGGCCUUCUGAUGUGCCUGCCCGGCAGCCACACCCAGCGCAAGAAGGGUGGCCACCCGGCACAGGAGACUUCCCCAGCCAGGUGCCCAAGCAGGUGCUAGACGUCAGUCAGGAGCUGCUGCAGUCCGGGAUCGUCACCCUCCCAGGGACCCGAGACCGUCAUGGCAGAGCAGUGGUGCAGGUCCGCACCAGGAGCCUGCUCUGGACCAGGGAACACUCGUCCUGUGCUGAGCUGACCCGCCUGCUGCUGUACUUCCAUAGCAUCCCCAGGAAGGAGGUCCGGGACCUGGGGCUGGUUGUCCUGGUGGAUGCACGCAGGAGUCCAGCUGCCCCUGCCGUCUCCCAGGCCCUCUCAGGAUUGCAGAACAACACAUCUCCUAUAAUUCAUAGUAUCUUGCUGUUGGUAGAUAAAGAAUCUGCAUUUAGGCCUGACAAGGAUGCAAUAAUUCAGUGUGAGGUCGUGAGCUCCCUGAAGGCCGUGCACAAAUUUGUUGACAGCUGCCAGCUGACCGCAGACCUCGACGGCUCCUUUCCCUACAGCCAUGGUGACUGGAUCUGCUUCCGUCAGAGGCUGGAACACUUCGCUGCAAACUGCGAAGAAGCCAUCAUUUUCCUACAGAAUUCAUUCUGCUCCCUGAACACCCACAGAACCCCAAGAACAGCCCAGGAAGUCGCCGAGUUAAUUGACCAGCAUGAGACGAUGAUGAAGCUUGUCCUGGAAGACCCACUGCUUGUGUCUCUCAGGCUGGAGGGGGGCACCGUCCUGGCGCGGCUGAGGAGAGAAGAGCUUGGCACAGAAGACAGCCGGGACACCCUGGAGGCCGCCACAAGCCUGUACGACCGAGUGGAUGAGGAGGUGCACAGGCUGGUCCUCACCUCAAACAAUCGUCUCCAGCAGCUGGAGCACCUCCGGGAGCUGGCGUCACUCCUGGAAGGGAAUGACCAGCAAUCCUGCCAGAAAGGACUACAGCUGGCGAAGGAGAACCCGCAACGUACAGAGGAAAUGGUCCAGGAUUUCAGAAGGGGCCUGAGCGCCGUGGUCAGCCAGGCUGAGUGCAGGGAGGGAGAGCUGGCCAGGUGGACCCGCUCAUCCGAGUUGUGCGAGACGGUGAGCAGCUGGAUGGGGCCCCUGGACCCGGAGGCUUGUCCCUCCUCACCCGUGGCUGAGUGUUUGAGGAGCUGUCACCAGGAGGCUACCUCGGUGGCUGCAGAGGCCUUCCCCGGCGCAGGUGUGGCAGUGCUGAAGCCUCGUGCCCUGGGGAAACCGUGGGCAUCACAGCAAGACCUGUGGCUGCAGUACCCCCAGACCCGGCUCCGUCUGGAAGAGGCCCUUUCUGAGGCUGCCCCAGACCCCAGCUUACCGCAACUUGCCCAGAGGCCCCCAAAGCAUGAGCAUGCCCAGGAGGCCAUGAGGAGGCACCAUAAGCCACCCUCAGUCCCCAGCACGGACAGUGAGGGUGGUGCCUGGGAACCUGCCCAACCACUGUCCGGCCUCCCUGGACGAGCGCUUCUGUGUGGACAGGAUGGGGAGCCCCUGGGCCCAGGGCUGUGUGCUCCAUGGGACCCACUGUCCCUCCUCAGGGGCCUUCCAGGGGCAGGGGCCACCACGGCCCACCUGGAGGACAGCUCUGCCUGUUCCUCUGAGCCCACCCAGACCCUGGCCAGCCGCCCCAGGAAACAUCCCCAGAAGAAAAUGAUAAAGAAAACGCAAAGUUUCGAGAUACCUCAGCCCGACAGUGGCCCCAGGGACUCCUGCCAGCCAGACCAUACUAGUGUCUUCAGCAAGGGCCUGGAGGUAACCAGCACUGUAGCCACAGAGAAGAAGCUCCCGCUGCGGCAGCGUGCCAGGAGCCCCCUGGUCACUCGGAGCCAGAGUCUGUCCUCCCCCUCGGGGCUCCACCCUGCUGAGGAGGAUGGGAGGCAGCAGGUGGGCAGCAGCCGACUGAGGCACAUCAUGGCCGAGAUGAUCGCCACAGAGAGGGAGUACGUUCGCUGCUUAGGAUACGUCAUUGACAACUAUUUUCCAGAAAUGGAAAGAAUGGACUUGCCCCAGGGCCUUCGAGGGAAGCACCACGUUAUUUUCGGCAACUUGGAGAAGCUCCACGACUUCCACCAGCAGCACUUCCUCCGGGAGCUGGAGCGCUGCCGGCACUGCCCCUUGGCCGUGGGCCGCAGUUUCCUGAGACACGAAGAGCAGUUUGGGAUGUACGUGAUCUACAGCAAAAACAAGCCGCAGUCGGAUGCCCUGCUCAGCAGCCACGGCAACGCCUUCUUCAAGGACAAGCAGCGGGAGCUGGGUGACAAGAUGGACCUGGCCUCCUACCUGCUGCGGCCCGUGCAGCGCGUGGCCAAGUACGCACUGCUACUCCAGGACCUGCUCAAGGAGGCCAGCUGUGGCCUGGCCCAGGGGCAGGAGCUGGGCGAGCUCCGAGCCGCCGAGGUCGUGGUCUGCUUCCAGCUGCGUCACGGCAAUGACCUGCUGGCCAUGGACGCCAUCCGCGGCUGUGACGUGAAUUUGAAGGAACAGGGGCAGCUGAGAUGCCGGGAUGAGUUUAUCGUUUGCUGCGGGAGGAAGAAGUAUCUGAGGCAUGUGUUCCUCUUUGAAGACCUCAUCCUGUUUAGCAAGACCCAGAAGGUGGAGGGCAGCCACGACGUCUACCUGUACAAGCAGUCCUUCAAGACGGCCGAGAUCGGGAUGACAGAGAACGUCGGGGACAGUGGCUUGAGGUUUGAGAUUUGGUUUCGCAGGCGGCGGAAAUCUCAGGACACCUACAUUCUCCAAGCAAGCUCGGCAGAGGUCAAGAGUGCAUGGACCGAUGUCAUAGGGAGGAUCCUGUGGCGGCAGGCACUAAAGAGCAGAGAACUCAGAAUCCAAGAAAUGGCGUCCAUGGGGAUAGGCAACCAGCCAUUCAUGGAUGUCAAGCCCAGAGACCGGGCCCCUGACUGUGCAGUGAUAAGCAACCGGGCUCCCAAAUGUGCAGUGAUGAGCGACCGGGUCCCCGACAGCAUCAUCAAGGGCACAGAGUCACAAAUGAGAGGGUCCACAGCGGUGUCCUCCUCUGACCGUGCCGCCCCCUUCAAGCGACCACACUCCACCAUCUCAGACAGCAGCACCUCCUCUUCUAGCAGCCAGUCCUCCUCCAUCCUGGGGUCGCUGGGCCUGCUUGUGUCCUCCAGCCCAGCCCACCUGGGCCUAUGGAGCCCUGCCCACAGCCCCUGGUCAUCUGACAUCAGAGCCUGCGUCAAGGAAGAGGAGCCAGAGCCAGAACUGGAGACGGGCAUCCAGGCUGCAGUGCGUGAGGGGGCUCCUGCUGUGCUGCUGAGCCGCACACGCCAGGCCUGAUGACUGUCAGGGUGGCAGUGCCCGUCAUGUGGCUAGAAUGAUACAUAGGGAGCAGCACGCCAGGCCUGAUGACUCUGGGGGUGGCGGUGCCCAUCGCGUGGCUGGAACGAUCCAGAGGGAAUAGCACAGCAGGUGUCCAGGUAUUUCCCAGGAUUUUAGACAUUCCCUAACAUUUUCAAACAAAUUUAUAAUUUUGUCUUAUUUAAAAAACAAACCUUCCACUUCCACCCAAGACAACAGCAUAGGAAACAGACCUAAAACAAAACAAAAAAAGGCUAAACAUGAAACGAAAGAUGUCAAGACACAAGACAUUUGGCAACAAAGGACCACGAUCCCUGAGACAGGAAAACGGGAGGUGAGCCCGGUGAUGGCCUCAGACCUCCCUCCGCCUUGAGAGUUUGCAGGCCUCAGUGCAGGGAGGGGCCCAGGAAGAGCCCAGCAGCCUCCAUGAGUUGAAGAGACCAAGUCAGCAGGAGUUGGCAGGUCAGAGUGCCAGAGAGAGAUGCCUGCAUGGGGAAAGACUCACCAGAUCAGCCCCUCCAGCACCUAGUGGGGUGCUACCCAUUCGCACACUCAAACAGGGAGGCUACCAAGGCUGGGAGCAACCUUUGAAAGACCAAAGAUCAAUUCCUGGUACUCAUGUGGGCUGGGGACAGGACCCACUCCCACCAGCCAGACUAGGAAAACUCCCAGUCUGUGAGCAUUAGGUAGAGUUCUCAGAAAAUCUUGCCUCAGGAGUGGGGAUAAUUAGCCCUAGACUGAGCCCUGCUCCUGACUCACCUACAAAAUCAUAAAACGAAGACCUAAAAUGAUCAGACCAUUCCCAGAUAAUUCCCUCUAUCCCAGAACAAAGCUCCAGAUGAUCUAGGGGUUACCAAAGUGUCCGCACCCUGCAAGGUAAACUCACAGUGCCUGACCUCGGAGUGCCAGGCGUGCAGAGGAGCAGCCAAGGGCAAACACUCCAAGGAGAGUCACCUGGCAAAGCCAACCACCCAGAGCCGGCGUCUGUGCUAGAAUCACAGAAUUCAAACUGUGGCUGAAAUUGCAGCCCAGGCGUCCAUAAAGUUAAAGUUAAGAACCUAUAAUCCCAGCACUUUGGGAGGCCGAGGCAGGCGGAUCACGAGGUCAGGAGAUCAAGACCAUCCUGGCUAACAUGGUGAAACCCCGUCUACUAAAAAUACAAAAAAAUUAGCCGGGCAUGGUGUUGGCCGCCUGUAGUCCCAGCUACUUGGGAGGCUGAGGCAGGAGAAUGGCGUGAACCCGGGAGGCGGAGUUUGCAGUGAGCUGAGAUCACGCCACUGCACUCCAGCCUGGGCAACAGAGCAAGACUCUGUCUCAAAAAAAAGGUUAAGAAAUGACUUAAUGGAAGAGAUUCAGAAGACCCAGACCAACCUUACAGGGUGAGAAACUACAAUAUUGACAGUGAAAACUAUCCUGGAUGGGGUAACAGAUUGGAUUUCACAGAAGAGACCAUGAGGCACCUUGAAGACACAUCAGUGGAAACUAUUUGCAUUUGUUGGGCCUCCAGAGAGACAGAACCAAUAGGAGAUAGCUAGAUAUAUAUACAGACAGAUAGAUAGAUAGAUAGAUAGAUAGAUAGAUAGAUAGAUAGAUAGAUAGAUGAUAGAUAGACUGACAGACAGAUGAGAGGGGCCUUAGGGGCAUUGGCUAACACAAUUUUGGCAGGUCAAGAGCCCCACAAUAGGCCAUCCACAAGCUGGAGACCCAAGGAAGCUGCUAGUGUGCCCAGUCCGAGUCCUAAAGCCUCAGAGCCAGGGAAGCCAGUGGUGUAAUUCUCAGAGGCCAAAGGCCUGAGAACCUGGGGGCCACUGGUAUAAGUCUGGAGUCCAUAGACCCAGUGAACUCCAAACACAAGAGAUAUGAGUGCACAUCAUAAUCAAAUUGCAUAUAACCAGUGAUAAACAGAAAAUCCUAAAACCAGUCAGAGGACAAGGGCAUGUUCUGUUGGGAGGCACAAAGCUGAUGAGGAUGGCUGACUCCUCAGGAGCAGCAUGGGUGAGAGGCAGUGGAAUGUGCUAAGGAGAAAACUGCCAAAUUCACAUUCUGUACCUGACAAAAUCUUUCCGAAGCAAUGGUGACAUAAAGACAUUUUCAUACACGCAGAAACUAACAGUUUCAUCCCCAGCAGACCUGCACUACAAGAAAUGUUAAAUGAUGUGCUUCAGGGAAAAGAAAAAUGAAGAGCAUGUGCACCAUUCAAGAUUUUCCUCGUUAUUUAAAUCCCUUUAGCCCGUCUCCCGUUUGCCCCAAGAAAUGAGUGCCGGCAGUGAGCUGCACUUUUUUUUUUCUAAACGGGAAAUGGGUUAAAAGAUGAGUGGCUUGGCCGGGUGCGGUGGCUCAUGUCUCUAAUCCCAGCACUUUGGGAGGCUGAGGCCAGAGGAUCACUUGAGCCCAGGAAUUGGGGGUCAUCCUGGGAAACAUGGCAAGACCGCAUCUCUAUUAAAAAUAAAUAAAAGUUAACUGACUGUUUAAACAAAAGUAUUAACGUAUCUGCGGUUUGUACUAUACGCAUAGGUGAACUGUGUGACCACAGCAGCGUGAUGGCUGGGAGACGUUGGAUGUGAUACGUGAAGUGAGGUGUAUCACUUGAAGGUAGAUUGUGGUAAGCUAAAGAUGUACUUAUAAACCCUUGAAACACCCACUAACAAAGAAUUACAGCUAAUAGACCAACAGAGGAGAUAAAAUGGAAUUUUUAAAAGUCCAGUCCAAAAAUACGUAGAGAAAGAGGGAAAGGGAAGAAUGGACUUGGGGGCGACACAGAAAACAAGUGGAGAGAGACUGAAGCAGCCACCGGCCAUCACGGCAAACACGAGCGGGGCGCAGGAUGCCGGCAAGCCACAGACAGGCCUGCUCUCUGAAUUGGUGACCACAUGAGUAACUUCACGGGUCUGUUCUAUGUCCAGAGUUGUCAAACUGCAUGCUUUAAAGAUGUGCAGUGGAUCGUAUGUCGCUUAAAUCCCAACAAAGCAGUAUUUUUUUAAAGUACAAUCAUGCACACAGCACUUCCCCUGGGAGGCAGGGGCUGUGCCCACAGAAGUCGUUACCUCUGCAUCCUGAAUAUGGACAGCCACCAUCACACAGCCCCAGAGGCCGCCCAGGCUCUAGCCACACUCUGGCACUGCCUGGGACAGGUGCCCUCAGGAACCCAAAUGCCACUGCCCCCGUGAAAGCCACUUCAAGCGUGUUGCUUCAAAUCAGAAGGCAUCUACGCCUGUGGAAGAGGAGGCUGCUGGGGGUCCAGGUGUGCAGGGGGCAGGGCCAGGUGCAGGGGCACAGCUUAUGCCUGUGGCCAACCCAGUGGGGAGCAAGGCUGGGGAUAUGCCCAGGCCAGCAGGGCCAGCAGGAGUGACUGCGCCAUCCUGAACACGUCCUUGGGCCUCCCAGGACCUUGGUGCCUUCCAUCUGGGCUGGCACAAGCCUCCAGUCAAAAGAUGGGUCUCUCUCUCCUGACAGCAUGGAGCCUGGAUGUGGGAAUGGAGCCACACCAGCCUGGGUCUCUCUCUCCUGACAGCAUGGAGCCGGGAUGUGGGAAUGGAGCCACACCAGCCUGGGUCUCUCUCCUGACAGCAUGGAGCCGGGAUGUGGAAAUGGAGCCACACCAGCCCCACGGGAGCCCCGCAACCCAUCGGGCUGUGGGAUGCAUCCCCACGGCCGGGACCCCUCAGCCUGCGACUUGGUCUGGGCAGAUGCAAAGGCUACCCUGCAGGGCUGAGGUGUCUGUGGGGAAGGAGGUGCCCAGCCCUGGGAGGCCAUCUUGCUCCUGCUUUUUAUUUAACCCAUGGGGCUCUUUGGCCUCAUUUUCUGUUUUUUGAGUUUCUUGUGCACGUCCAAACUGUCCUGGAGCCAGCCCUGGUGUGAAACAGGCUUCCUGCUGGCAGAAGAGGCCCGCCGAGUUACGUCCACACCAGCUGGCCCUGGGCACCUCUCACUCUGGCCUUCUGUCCACACUGGGAUUUGGCUCUGAUUUCCAGAAGGCAGGGUUAGGAAACACCUGUUUCCAGGCAGAGUAAUGCUUCUGUCUGAAUCAGGCCUCAUGGGCUUCACCAGCAGACACGAAGGUUUCAUUUAGAUGGAGAACACGUGUUCUCAUUUCUCCAGGGUUCCGGGCCCAUGAGCUGAAGCAGGUGCUGAGAAGUGGGAGAGGCGGCCACUGUGUCCCUCAGGGUCACUCGCCCCGCCACGUGAGGCCACUUCCGCCCAGCACUGGGGGUGCUGGGAGCUGAGGGGCCCACAGGGGACAUGGGAGACAGCCCCGAUGCAUCCCCAUCCGCAGUGACGCUAGCCCGGAGUCAUCGCCAAGCACGUGGAGGGACAGCCCUGGAGCCCUGGCCUGGCCCAGCAUCUCCCAGAGUCACUUCCUGAUGCCUCCCCAGCCCUGCCCAGGAAGGGUUUGCGGCCACAGCCCCACAGCGGCCCCCUCGCCUCGACCACCAGUGCCUCCUUCCAAGCUGCCUGAGCAAUCCUGGGUGGUGAGCUCCACCGCUCCCACCCACGCCUCAGCACUGGGACCCCCCCCCCAGGGAGGGUGUGGAUCCUCCCUGCCCGCCCACCCCUCCGUCCACGGCUCAGCACUGGGACCCCCCAGAGAUGGUGUGGGGAUUCCUGCCCCCCCGUCCAUGCCUCAGC